UUCUCGAAAAACAGGGUGCCGAUCUCGCGGUGCGGUGAGUCUUCAUUCCCUCUUCGUUCUCCUCCUCCGCCUCCUCCUCCACCGUUCCCGGCCACCGUUGCUCGCCUCCGGCGAGCUAUUCGAAGAGAAGAUGAUGUCCAGCGGGUACACGUCCAUUGACAAACAAAACCUCUCCGGAUCCGUGCCGGCAGCCUCAGGCCCUGAUCAUGUUGUCAAUUUCGCCGAUUCGAAUCUGCAGACCUUCCCGCCAUCGGAGACUCAAGGCAAGAUCUCCGCAGUCUUCCGUCCUCCCACCGAUGCUGAUGACACAUUCUCGAAGCCGGCGCCUGGGAGUUCGAAUCAGUCGCAGCAGCCAACGGGAUGGAUGCAUGCGUUCACUGUUGGUGCUUAUCGGCCUUACUUUGAUGUGGAUACUUCGGAUGUAUUGGAGAGGAUUAGGGAUUCCCUGUUUCCGUUCAAGGGGAGUUUCACCGAAAAGACUUCUGACAAUCCUGAUCUAUAUGGACCUUUCUGGAUAUGCACUACCCUAAUAUUUGUAGCAGCAGCCAUUGGCACAUUUGUGACAUAUUUGGCACACAAGCUACAGAAUAAAGACUGGGACUAUGAUAUAAAUCUUGUCACCUGGUCCGCUGGGUUGUUCUAUGGUUAUGUUACUUUGGUUCCCCUUGCUUUAUACGUCAUUCUCAAGUACUUCUCCGCACCAUCUGGGCUUGUUCAACUUUGGUGCCUCUAUGGAUACUCACUAUUUGUGUUCAUCCCUGCCUCGUGCCUAUCAGUUGUCCCCAUCGAAAUAUUCCGGUGGGUGAUCGCAGGGGUUGCAGGGUUCAUGUCGGCAUGUUUCGUUGCCCUAAAUCUGCGUACCCACAUCAAAUCAGCUGGAGAAAGAUGGUUUCUGAUUGUUGCUGGAAUCUUCUUGUUGCAGUUGGGCCUUGCAGUCAUUUUGAAGCUCUACUUUUUCACAAUAACAGUAUGAUGGCAAUUACAGAACAUAAACCUUUGGACUCAAAACUAGUAAAUGUAGAUCAUCUUGAAGAUGGAAAUAUGAUGCAUCCUUGUCCUGCUUUCCUUGUACUCAUGUUUGCUCACAGAUUAUUCUAGAAUACUUAAUGCUAGUAGUCACUUGAAAUUCUUUCAUUCAUCAUACAAUAGAACUUUCUUCAUGUGCAGUAUGAUUCUGCUCUGUACUCUAUUAUAUGGUAAAGAAACAAGAAUAAAUCUAAUGCUUUAAUA